ACGAAGAUCUGGGUUUGCAAAGGAGGAAAAAUCCUCAGACCCCAUUGUCGAAGAGAAGAGAAGGGAAGAGAAGAGAAAGAAAAGUGAAAGUUUUGGGUACCUGUCCUCCAUUGUCGAAGCUGAAGACCACAAACCAGAAAAAAAAUGUCUGCGGGGCCUCAGUACUGCGAAUGUCGUCCCCCUCGAGUUGCACAAAUGAUAACAUCCUGGACAAGUAGGAAUCCUGGACGAAGGUUCAUUAGAUGCCCAUGCCAUGAUGAAGUAGAAGGGUGUGGCUUUUGGAUGUGGUACGACCCACCCAUUUGUCAACGAUCGAAGGAUGUGAUUCCUGGGCUGCUAAGGAGAAUUCGAAAUCUGGAGAGAGAAGUGUCUAUGCUAUCAUCUGAAGGUGUUGACAAUGUUGUGACUAACCAAGAGCAUUCUGAAACUGUUGAGAAGUCAAUGACCUGCAAAGACAGAAAUGAAGUUGUGGAGAGUUUUGAUGACAACACUCCCACCAUUGAUGAAUCCAUAAAUGGAAGUCAUACCUGUAAAUGUCAAAGGAGUGGAUGUAUUAGUUACCUUGUAAUAUGUAUUGCAAUAUGUAUUUUGUUGUUUGUACUUAAAGCAUGAGCAAGUAAUUGUAACAAUUGUAACUUUUGUUGAUCAAUGAAAGAUGUUCUACUUUAAAUUA